AUGUAUUUUAGUCAUACAUUUAACUGUACAAUUAGUGCAACCAAUCAACAAGUUAAUCAAAUUAAGCCAGGUUUUCAAGCUACCCAAAAAGAAUGGGAUAAUUUCAAUGGAAUGUUCUUAGUCUCAAAAAACUCCACAUUUUCCUUUGGAUUUUAUACUAGUGUAGAUGCACCAUUUUUUGUCCUAGUAGUAAUGCAUGUAUUUAGCUCCACAAAUAUAUGGACCGCGAAUAGAGGUGUUUUAGUUGAUAAUUCAGCUAAAUUUGUACUUGACAAAAAUGGAAAUGCUUAUUUACAUAACACAACUUCUGUUGUUUGGUCUUCUAAUACAACUGGCCUAGGAGUCCAAGCAAUGGAGUUGAUGGAUAAUGGAAAUUUAGUCUUGCUUAGCAAAAAUCAAACUGUUCUUUGGAAAAGUUUCGAUUACCCUACUGAUACACUUGUAUUAGGCCAAUCAUUUUCCGAAAAUAUGAGACUUAAAAGUUUUCCUUAUGAACUAAACCUGCAUUAUCAUCUUAUGUUUAAGUCUGGUGAUCUGAUUCUGUUUGCGGGUUAUAGAACUCCACAAGUUUACUGGAUCAUGUCAAAUGAUACGCGAAAAGCUGUCUUAAAACCUGAUGGGAAGGUCUCUUCUGCAACACUGAUGGGAAACUCUUGGAAUUUUUAUGAUCAGAGAGGUGGUUUAGUCUGGCAGUUCAACAUCUCAGAGCAGUCUGAUCCGAAUGCAUUAUGGGCCGCGGUUUUAGGCUCAACUGGUACAAUAGAGUUUUUCAAUCUUCUGAAGGCAAAAUCAGAAAUUGCUGAGUCUUUUAAGAUUCCUUCAGGUUCAUGUACAACACCAUCUUCUUGUUCGCCUUUUAAGUCCUGUUUUAUGGAGAAUUUAUGUCAGUGUUCUGUAAUGCUGUCAUCUUUUAACGAUUGCAAACCUCGAAUUCCAGCCCUUUGUGAUAAUGCUACAGAUAGUUCAUCAGUUCGGCUUUUGGAUGUAGGAACACGGUUUGAUUAUGUUGCUCUUGAGUUUACAAAACCACAGAUGAAAUCGAGUAUUAGUGAAUGCAAAUCUGCUUGCCUUCAGAACUGUUCCUGUGUUACAAUGUUUUAUCAGAAUGCUACUAGAAGUUGCUUCAUGUUUGGCAAUAUAGGCAGUCUUCGACAUCCUGGUAUAGGGGAUGCUGGAUAUUAUCUGUCCCUUAAGGUCUCCAAUCAAGUCGAUUAUAUCCAUAAGGAAUUUAUUCCUGCAAGAGGAAAUGGUUUUGAUGUCAGGUCUACAAUCAUAAUAGUUAUCAUAGUUAUCGGAACUAUAUUGAUUGUCUCAGGUCUCCUAGGAUGUGGUUACUGGUACUAUCGCGAAAAGAGUAGAUCAUUUGUGUUAGAAUCCUCAAGAGAAGCUCUAGAGGAGGACAACUUCUUCGAGAAUAUCACAGGAGUACCUGUUCGUUACAGUUAUAAUGAUCUUGAUGUUGCAACGAAAAACUUCAGUGUGAAGCUUGGUCAAGGGGGAUUCGGGUCUGUUUACUUGGGGCUGUUAGAUGAGGGGACUAAAUUAGCUGUCAAAAAGCUCGAAGGUGUUGGGCAGGGGAAAAAGGAAUUCAGGGCCGAGGUUAGCAUCAUUGGAAAUGUACAUCAUGUCCAUUUAGUAAAGCUUAAGGGCUUCUGUGCUGAGGGAAGUCAUCAUAGACUACUUGUAUACGAGUACAUGGAAAAUGGAUCAUUAGACCGGUGGAUCUUUAACAAGAACAAUGAUCGAGUUAAAAACAAGUUAGAUUGGGAGAGUAGGUUCAACAUUGCUCUAGGGACAGCCAAAGGUUUGGCCUAUCUGCACGAUAUGUGUGAUGUUAAGAUUAUACAUUGCGACAUUAAGCCUGAAAACGUUCUCCUUGAUGAAAAUUUUGUUGCAAAAGUUUCUGAUUUUGGUUUAGCAAAGCUUAUGAACAAAGAGCAAAGUCAUAUAGUUACUACAUUAAGAGGUACAAGGGGUUACUUAGCGCCUGAAUGGAUUACAAACUGCAGCAUUUCUGAAAAAAGCGAUGUUUAUAGUUAUGGUAUGGUCUUGCUAGAGAUAAUUGGUGGUAGGAAGAAUUAUGAUCCAGACCAUGAAGUUAAAGAGAAAGCACACUUACCAUCAUACGCUUUCAAAAUGAUGGAACAAGGGAGUAUGAAUCUGAUUUUGGACCCGAGACUGAAGGUAGAAGAUCAGCAAGAUGGAAGAGUGAACACUGCAAUAAAAGUCGCUCUGUGGUGCAUACAGGAUGAUAAGUCCCUUAGACCGUCUAUGACUCGAGUUGUGCAAAUGCUUGAAGGACUUUGCCCUGUGCCUCAGCCUCCGAUUCCUUCUCAAUCAGCCUCGCGGAUCUUUACAGGUUUGGUAAGGAGUUCGGGUGUUAAAAGUCAGAUCAUGUCAUGGCGCCGUGCUAGUUACAGUUCCACAGGUCGUUCAUCUGUUUCUGCAGUCCAACUUUCAGGGCCAAGGUAA